AUGCUGCUCAGCGUCGCUGGGCUUAGCGGUGAAUGCUUCGAACUCCGUGCCAGACGAGAUGGCCUUGUGGAGGAUCUUUGGAAGGAGGUGGAGCGGCACUGGGAGAAGCCUCUUCAAGGUUUACUGGCCUGCGGCACCCUGUUGCCCUUGGACUCCAGGUUGACAGAUGUCCUGUGCAGCGGCGACAGCGUGACUGCCGUGCUCGGUUCGAAGCUGCAGCUCCAUUGCUAUCACCAGAGGCACGCCUUCGCUGUGCCUUGGCAGGGCCGGAUCACCACGGUGGGGCGACCCCGCCGAGGUGGCGACAGCUCGGCAGUCCAGGCGGCCCUCCAAGAGGUCCAUCAGAUCCACGCAACCAGGGAGGCAUUCGCAGCUCUCAGAUUGGAUGGCACCGUGGUCUGUUGGGGCGCCGCGGAGAGUGGAGGUGACUGCAGCGAAGUGGAAGGCAGACUGCAUCGGGUCGUUGCGCUCUGUGCAACGGAUGGCGCCUUUGCGGCUCUGACGUCGGAGGGGCAGGUCGAGACGUGGGGGUGCCCCCGCGCAGGGGGGGAUAGCCGGGCCCUGCGGCCUCAGCUGCGGGAUAUCAAGGCGGUCGUUGCUACUUCACGGGCAUUUGCUGCCUUGUCCGCCACGGGUGAUGUCUUUUGCUGGGGAGACCCUGCGAUGGGUGGUGCGAGUAUCGCCUGGCGCCAGCCUGUGCGGAAAAUCUGCGCUUCCUCCGGGGCCUUCGCGGCCCUGUGCCAGGACGGCACAAUUCUGACGUGGGGAAGUGCCUCGCAUGGGGGAGACAGCAGUGCGGUGCAGAAGCGCUUGGAGAACGUGAGGGACGUAUACGCUGCCCUCUUCGGCUUCUCUGCAGUGCGAGAGGAUGGGAUGGCGAUCACCUGGGGAAGGAUGAAGCCGAUGUCAGUCAGCCUGCCUGAGCCGCUCAGAGUGGCAAGUGUCGUCGCCAGCGGCUGCGCUUUCGCUGCUUUGGCCUCCGAUGGGACUUUGGUCACCUGGGGCGACCCGGAGGAGCAGCACACCGCGAGUGUUGGCCCAGACGCGAAGGUAGUCAGCCUAAGAGCGACUCAGAGAGCUUUCGCUGGCCUCUGCGCCGAUGGACGUGUGAUCACCUGGGGCCAAGCCGACUAUGGUGGCGACAGCCAGCAUGUUCGGGAGCAGCUCUACGACAUCCGGCAGCUGGUCGCCUCCUCCGCGGCCUUUGCCGCUCUCCGCGGGGAUGGUCGGGUACUAUCCUGGGGCCAUGGCUGUUCGGGUGGAGACAUCAGCCGCGUUUCGGAUGCGCUGACGGAGGUGGAGUCCAUCCAAUCAAGCGAGGCAGAGAUCGUGGCAGACAGCCGCUGGGGAAAGAUCGUCACGUCGGUCCCCGUCGAGAUCUCCAAGGUGAAGUUGAGGUCGGAGGAAGCGGAGCUGCGCAUGGGUGACAAAGUCAUCUUCGACAUCGAGAUGGACAAAAACCAGCCUCAGGCGAAGAACAUCCGGCCGGUUCGCGUCCCUACCAAGUCGAUCAUGGAGCUGCUCGGGGGAUCGAGCUCGCACGUGAACAGGCCCGAGUUCGGGCCGCCCCCGGUCUCGAUGCCGGGUACCAUGCCCGGCGCUGCGGUGGGGAUGCAUGGGGAGGCAAGGUCUUCCCCGCACAUGGCGGCACGAUCCCCACCUUUUGGAAGUCCUCAGUUCGCCCCGCAUACGCCACCGCUCCCGGCGAUGAGCCUCACUUCGCUGAGCGAAGAUGCAGGGAGGGAUGCCGUGGUUGCAGAUCCGGCUGUGGCGGCGCUUGUGCCGCACGUCGGUGUGCGUCCGAGCAACCCGUCGCCGACGGGCAAGGAGCGAGGAAACGAAAUUUUGAAUUUGGUAAAUCCUCGGAACGCGCAGCAGAACGCGAGCCAGUGGCUUCGCCCCGAAACCAGGCACGACGACAUGGAUCGGCAGAGGCCUGUCGGUGCUCCACCCGGGCCUCCGCCUUUCGGCGACGGCUCGCAGUCACGGCCCCCGCCGCCUCCGCCGGCCGGAUCUCCGGACCGGCUGGCGCGGGGUCCCCCCGGGCCGCCACUGCAGCCGCCAGGUCCCCCCGGACCCCCGGGUCAGGGCCCGGUGGCUCUGUUGCGCAGCGGUCUUCGGGAUCACCCUCACAUGGCCGGGACCUAUCCUGCGUCCUGGCAGGAUGCCAACAGCGCCCCCUCCACCUGGCUCAACGGCCCUCCGGGGCCGCCCGGGCCUCCCGGGCCACCUUCGGGGCCUCCCGGGCCCCCGCCGCCGCCACCGCUGCAACCGGGGCGCCACUUCUUAGACGGCGAGCCCACGCAGGCGAUGCUCCGAGGACCUCCGGGCCCACCACCGGAACGCCAUGAAGCCGGCAGCAGGAUACCUGCUCAGAGCAGCCCAAGGGAUGCAGGAGGCUUCUACGGCGGCAUCGGCGAUGAUGACAACUCCUUGGCUCAGGAAUGGCGGGGCGGGCCGGAGGGGCUGCGAGAUGGAGGCCUCGAUGAGCCUGGACUGGGGCCCUGCCCUGCGAGUAGUAGCUCCCGGCCGGUUCAGCGCUACACUGGAACGCUGAUUUCCAUCCAUCAAGCCGGCUAUGGUUGGAUUAGGUCGGAUGGGCUCAACAAGAACGCUUGGGUGGCCAAGAAGUUCAUUGAGGGCAUUCCGCUUCAGAGCCGCGUCAGCUUCCGAACUCAGGUGAAUGACAGAGGCCUGGCUGCUGUCAAUGUUCAGCUGGAAGAGGCUCCUGCAGCCGAGGAUGCGGAGACGGGGCAAGGUCAGCCCUUGCCCUUGAAGUACGAGGGCAUCCUAAAGAAGGUGGACCGAUCUGCGAAAAGCUUCGGCUUCAUUUUCUGCAGCGACGCCGGCCGUGCUUGGGACGGAGACGUCUAUGUGUCGGGGAAGUUGCUCGAUGGACACAAGGACCUCUGCGUAGGGGACAAAGUCCGCUUCUCUGCCAAGGUCGGCAACAAAGGGAAAGCCGAAGCCAUGCAGAUGGAACCGGUCAGGGAGGUCGAAGAGGAGGAGGCGGAGGUGGACGGACCAGAGAUGAUCGGCACCAUCAAGUCCUUCGAUGAAUCUUCAGGCUACGGCUUCAUCUGUGGCACGCGGAUCACACAGGAAUACGGUCGAGAUGUCUUCCUGCAUCGAAAACAGCUGAAAGGUUUCAAGGUCGGCGAUAUGGUUCAGUUCAAUGUGGUGAAGAGCCGCGAUGGGAAACCUCAGGCGUCGAAGCUGCGCGAAGCUCCCGACGGAAGUAGCAGCCAGCCAACAGAGACACUGGCUGCCCCUGAGCCGCCACCAAAGCAGGACGAGAAGGAGGUGUUCCUGGGAGAGAUCAAGUCUUUCAACCCGAUGAAUGGCUACGGUUUCAUCCACUGUGGCGCCCUCUUCGAACGCUUCCGCCGCGAUGUCUUCCUCCAUGAGUCCCAGUUCGAGGGGCUGAAGGUAGGCGACUGUGUGACUUUCGUCAUCCAGAUGAAGAAGGGAGCACCUCAAGCUCUCGAAGUGAAACGGGUGUCCAAGAAGUUGAAGGGCGCUCAAGCUCUGCCUGCGGCGGUGUCAGCGCCGACGGGCGAGCCACAGGAUGCUGCCGAAGCUGUUGCAGAGGCCGCUGGCGAGGCGGUGCCUAGUGCGGACGAGCAGCUGGAUCCCGAGGAGUGUGCCAAGCAGUCGAGAAAGCUGCUUCGGGCCUGUGCCUCACAGCGCACAGAGUCUGUGCAGGACAUGUUGGAUGCUUUGGAAGCUGGUGCAGAGGUCCACGCCAGAGAUGUCACAGGCCAGAAUGCCCUGAUGGUGUCGGCCCUGAACAUGCGCGGAGCAGAGAGGAAGUGUCGCUUGCUGCUGGAGCACAAAGCUGACGUGAACUUGCCCUCGGACCCAAACGGGACCAAGACGACGCUUGAGUGGACAAAGGAGAGGAUCAACCCGAAAUUCGCAGCCUUCCUGGAGGCGAUCUCCAAGGGCGAAGAGGCGGAGUUGGCGGUAUCACUGGAGGGCCCCUCGGCAGAGGAGCCCUAA